AUGCAAGCAUUCCAAUACGGCGGCCCAGAAUCUCCAUUUGCGCUUCAAACACUCCCCAUCCCUACGCCAAAACAGGGCCAGGCCCUCAUCUCAGUCAAAGCAGCCGGCCUUUGUCAUACCGACGCCCAUUACGUUGAUGGACACGGUAUCUCUAUGCUGGGAUAUCUUCCAAUUACUCUUGGGCACGAAGUAGCCGGAACUGUCGUCAAGCUCGGAUCAGAGCCAUCACCAGUUCAAAUCGGCGAUCGCGUGGUAGUCGCCCUAGUAGCUCAUCCCGUUGAGAAGGCAACACGAUCCACAACAAUUGGGCUCGGCUACGAUGGCGGCUAUAGCGAAUUUGCGAUAGCUCAUUAUGAACACUUGUUCAAGAUUCCAGAAGGAGUGUCCUUCCCUCAAGCAGCUGUUGCCACGGAUUCUAUCUCCACGGCAUAUCACGCUGUAGUUGUGACGGCUGGGGUCAAGGAGUCAACAACUGUCGCAAUCAUUGGAAUCGGCGGCCUCGGCCUCAACGCAGUUGCAAUAUCUGUACUGCAAGGCGCCAAGGUCUAUGGAAUCGAUAUCAACGAGGAUAAAUAUAACGAUGCGAAAAGCUUGGGAGCGGUCGCGUGCGCUUCCAGUCUCGCGGGUUUCUCCGAUGUUUCAUUCGAUGCCAUCAUCGACUUUGUUGGCACCACAGCAACAAUUUCUGCCGGAAUAACCGCUGUCAAGAAGGGUGGCACUAUUGCAAUGGUUGGCCUGAAUGGACAGGGUGUGGAGGUAUCGUCACUGUUGUUGGUUACGAAGAGUAUCAGUUUGAGGGGCUCGUUUGGCGCGUCGAAAGAGGAGUUGGUGGAAAUAUUGAAGUUAAUCAGCUCUGCAAAGCUCGUGCCGAAGUUGAGAGAGAUUCCCUUUUGGGAUGUACCAAAGGGUUUGGAGGAUAUAAAGAAGAACAAGGUUGAGGGCCGUUUGUUUGUCUGCCCGAGUCCUGAAUAG